CACAACGAAGUAGAGUUUUCACUGAAAAAAAAAAAAAAAAAAAUGAAUAUCAACCAUGGCGAAGAGUUAUGAUUCAUUUUGCCUUAACCCACCACCACUCUCAUAUUCUUCUUCUUCUUGUUUUAGCAUAUAAUUGUUGUCACUGUUCACAGGCACAGAUGAAUUUCUUCGUUUUUGUGCUCUUCAGUUAUGACUAAUUUGGGGUGCUUCUUCACUUUUUCAUUGACAAUAUAAUAUUGUAUUUGAUAUCAAUGGCUGCUGCAAUCUGCGCUCUUAGUUCAGGUUCUGGCCUGAAGAAACUGGAUGAGUUCCUCCUGAAGCAGAGUAUUUUAACAAGGCCUUAUCUUGGCUCAAAACCCUCAUCGUGUCUUUGCAAUUAUGCUCAACAUGGUCUUAGUAGCACAUAUAGAAGACAACUAGAGGUCAAGCAAUGGAACCCUGGCCGACGAGUUUGUUAUGUUAGUAACGAGACAGAUUAUUCUGAUACUAUUCAGGAGGACAAAGAGGAGGAUAUUUCUAAGGUGACCUUGAUAUGGAGGGCGAUUAAAUUGCCAAUAUACUCCGUUGCAUUGAUUCCUCUCACAGUAGGUAGUGCAGCUGCUUAUUUGCAGACAGGCAUAUUUUCAGCUGGGCGUUACAUUUUUGUUCUUAUUUCAUCCGUUCUUAUUAUUACAUGGCUAAAUUUAAGCAAUGAUGUCUACGAUUUUGAUACAGGAGCAGAUAAGAAUAAAAAAGAAUCAGUUGUAAACCUUGUUGGCAGCCGUACAGGGACCUUUGUAGCUGCCUACUCAUUCCUUGCUCUUGGCUUCAUAUUGCUCAUUCGGGCGUCCAUUGAGGCAGGAAAUAAACGUGCAAUAUUAUUACUUGCAUGUGCAAUCAUUUCUGGUUAUAUAUAUCAGUGCCCACCAUUCCGGUUAAGUUAUCAAGGAUUGGGAGAGCCUCUAUGUUUUGCAGCAUUUGGUCCAUUUGCAACAACAGCUUUUUACUUAUUGCAGGGCAGCUCGAGUGGGACGAACAAUCUUCCCUUGAGCGGUUCAAUUCUUUCUGCAUCUUUCCUUGUUGGCCUCACAACAUCCUUAAUUCUUUUCUGUAGUCACUUUCAUCAGAUUGAAGGAGAUAAGGCUGUCGGGAAAAUGUCUCCUUUGGUUAGAAUUGGUACACAAAGAGGUUCAGGUGUAGUGAAGUUGGCAGUCAUAGCACUAUAUAUUCUUUUGUUUACUUGUGGUCUAUUCAGCGCUCUUCCUCUUACAUGCAUGUUUCUCUGCGCACUGACCAUGCCCAUGGCAAAAUUGGCGGUUAGCUUUGUUGAAGAGAACCACAAGGACAAGCAGAAGAUUUUUAUGGCAAAGUAUUACUGUGUUAGACUGCAUACUUUGUUUGGAGCAGCAUUGGCUGCUGGACUUGUGGUAGCUAGAUUGGUUCCUCAAAGAUAUAUGCCACAGACUAUAUUUUCUUAGAAUUUAUCUCCACGGAUGACCAAAUAUUGGGUAAUUAUUAGAAAGAUUUAGAAUGUAGAGAAAGGGAUACAUAAAUAAAACUAGUGAAUUAAAUGCAUGCUAUGGCACUGAAGCAUGGCAUAAGUUAUAAUUCUGUGGAUCUUGAAAAAAAAAGAUCACCUUUGGUUGUC